AUGACACAGGAUGUUCAUCUUCUGACCAACAGGAGCAAAAGGAUGACAGCGAAACAGGGUGCCGACGAGAGGUUUUGCACGAGGAGGAGAAGGAGAAAGGAAAACACCCUGAUCCGAGAAUCAGUAGUGAAAACCCCAGAGCCCAAGUCAUCUGACAAGAGAAAGCCCCUGAAACACCCUCUGGGUGUGGCUCACCAAGGACGCCUGAGUCCCAAAGGCCCCUGUGCCCUCCACGGCCCCACAGGCUCGCUGGCAGGAGGCUCCUCUGACCGCAACGGCACCCGCUCACCUGUACCAGUCGCGGCUCUGGGUGCCACACCCUGGCCCUCUGCUCAAGAGGGCACAGGGCGCCAGGGUCAGUGA